ACCAAAUCUGCCGCGCGAUUAUUCCACCACACCUCAGUACUCGGGUCACAAACAAGUUCAAUAAAAUCUACUGCAGUUGGAAUGCCCGUCCACUCGUCUCCUUUAAUAACACAAUGGCACAAAAUUUGACUCAUCUUCGUUUUCCUUUACCAUUUCUGAUUAUUUGCCUAUAUAUCAGUUCGACUGCGGGGAAAGCUCAGAACUUCUAUCCCUUUUUUAAGGUUGAUACUGAUGGAACUAUUCACAGGUAUCAAGCGGCCAAGUUUGUGCCUCCAUCGUACAAUCCCGAAACAGGGGUCCAAUCCAAAGAUGUAACCAUUUUGCCUGAACAGAACGUAUCAGCGCGUCUUUACCUUCCCAAAAUCAGUGGAAAAAACCAGAAAUUUCCUCUGCUUAUUUACAUUCACGGGGGCGGAUUUUGCACUGGGUCAGCUUCUUCUCCCAUGUAUGAUAGCUACCUUCACAAACUAACAGCUGAGAGUAAUGCAGUUGCUGUAUCCAUUGAUUACAGAUUAGCACCAGAGCACCCAAUCCCAGCGUGUUAUGAUGAUUCUUGGGCUGUAAUGAAAUGGGUUGAGCAAGGGACAGAGCCUUGGCUCAAAGAACAUGCCGAUUUUUCACGAGUUUUUCUGGCCGGUGAUAGCGCUGGGGCUAAUAUUGCUCAUAACAUGAUGGAUCGGGCAAGUGAGGAAAGUCAUUUUCUCCCUUCCAUAGUUGGAAUGAUACUUGUUGAUCCCUAUUUUGGCAACGAUAAGCCCGAUACACUUUGGACGUAUUUAUGCCCAAAAACCACUGGGAUUUAUGAUCCAAGAUUCAAUCCAGCAGCUCAUCCUAGGUUGCUGUCGAAGUUGAAUUGCUCCAAGAUUUUAGUUUGUACUGCAGGCAAAGAUUUUUUGAGAGACAGGGCUUGGACUUAUUACGAAACGCUGAAGAAAAGUGGGUGGAAAGGUGAAGUUGGAAUAAAGGAGAUAGAAGGGGAGGAUCAUGUCUUCCAUUUAUAUAACCAAACCUCCGAGAAAGCCAAGGUCUUGAUGAAAUCGGUGGUCGACUUCUUGGUUUAUGAUGAUUCUUCGCAACAAGUGAAUUUAGGAUUCAAAGUUAGUGAAUUCAGCACGAGUUUAAUCAUAUUUGCAUUUAAUCUUUUUUGCAUAUGUACAUAUAAAUCAAGUUGAAAUUAAAGCAGUAGAAUCGUUUAAAUGUGUAUCAUGAUAGGACUGAUAGGUAUUAGUACUGCUGUAUACUGGUAUGUGUUGGUUAAUUUUUAGUAAUUUAAUUUACAGUUGUUCCA